GUGGUGCCAGGAAAGUCGGUGUAUGUUAUACCUGCCACCCGCUGUUUGAGGGCAGAGGGGAUAUCUGGGAGUUCCGUCUGCAAGUCAUCUUCCAACAUCUCACAAUGAAUGAGACCGCAGUUUCAUUCGCAAAGGAUUUCUUGGCUGGUGGAAUCUCCGCUGCCAUCUCCGAAACGGCGGUUGCUCCCAUCGAGAGAGUCAAGCUUCUCCUUCAGGUCCAACAUGCCAGCAAACGGAUCACAAAAGAAAUGCAGUACAAGGGUAUCGUCGAUUGCAUUACCCGCAUUCCCAAGGAAGAGGGCUUCCUUGCCUUCUGGAGAGGUAACCUGGCCAAUGUCAUCCGAGCCUUUCCCUCCCAGGCCCUCAACUUCGCCUUCAAAGACAAGUACAAGAGUUUCUUCCUUGACGGUGUAGACAAGCGCAAGCGGUUCUGGAGGUACUUCGCUGGCAACCUGGCCUCUGGUGGCGCUGCAGGAGCCACCUCCCUUUGCUUCGUCUACCCUCUUGAUUUCACCAGAACCCGUCUGGGAGCUGAUGUCGGAAAGGCCAGAAUGAGGGAGUACAAUGGUCUAGCAGACUGCUUGGUGAAGACGUUCAGGUGUGACGGUCUGAGGGGUCUGUACCAGGGCUUCGCAGUGUCUGUACAAGGCAUCAUUAUCUACAGAGGUGCCUACUUCGGCAUGUAUGACACAGCUAAAGGAAUGUUGCCAGACCCCAAGAACACUUCCAUCUUAGUGAGCUGGGCAAUCGCUCAGUCUGUAACUACUGUGGCCGGCCUGACCGCCUACCCCUUCGACACCGUCCGUCGUCGUAUGAUGAUGCAGUCUGGCCAUAAAAGCGCUGAUAUCAUGUAUCUUGGGACCAUUGACUGCUGGAUGAAGAUUGCUCGUGAUGAGGGUGGAAAGGCCUUCUUCAAGGGAGGCUGGGCCAAUGUUCUCCGAGGCAUGGGUAGUGCCUUUGUGCUGGUUUUUUACGAUGAGCUCAAGAAAGUCCUCUAAAUUCCUUUUUUAAAACAUCACUGGCUAAGUGUAACACAAUUUUUCAUGCCUAUGGACUGCAUUCUGCCUUAUUUAUUUGAACCCUGCCUUCCUACAGUCUAUGGGUAGUGAUUAUGCGCCGGCCUCAGUUAGAUAAAAAGGGACCGCCUUGAAGCUAAACCAAAGGUUUACAAACUACAGGCCACUAAGUACACUGGUUUAAAUUAAGAUAUGGAUUUCUCACCAUUCCUGUAGAGUCUUAGUGGUCCCUUUGAUGACAUUUAGUGGACAUAAUUGCCCUAUCGCUAUGUUUUGACUACUGUGGUCCAUGUUUGCUGCCAUCUUGUGUGCUAUAUAAUGUGUGCCUCUCCAACUCUCACCAUUUUCCCCACUCAAGGCUAUAACUAAUUUGUAUUUUCUAAUACUUCUAACAUGGAACAAAGAUUUAAAAACGAAAGCCUUUUGACUGCAUGGCCUUCGUCAGGGAAUACAAAGAUCCAAUGAGGUCUUCUUUUGAACAAACCUAGCCAGUCCAAUUUUGAAUAUAAUCUAAAUUGGAUCACAUUCACAUUUUCUCCUGACACACAAAUGGACUAUAAAUACAUAACGUUACCAAUUAGUUUACCCUGACCAGAUGGACAGAGCCGUUAGGCUGUAUGCACCUGCACUUAUUAGUAGCCUACAGUUGACCAGACGGAAAAAUUGUCUCGUUUUCAUCCCAUACAGCAUGUCAGAUUUCUAAUGUUUAGGUGUAGCCUAGGCUACGGCAACAUUUAUGUCAUGCGUUUUUGCUUGUGUCUGUCCGGAGUGAUUAUGUGUCCUUUGCUAAAUAGAUGCAGGAGGAAAGUGCAAAGCCUACUUGAGCGCAAGUGAAAAAAUGUGCUGCGUCAACCUCUCUCUUUAAUCUAACAUUUAAUGGAUGAUGCGAUGGAAGCUAUCAAAUCAUUCAGAAUUGUUUUCGACAUCCCAGAAAAGAUGUUCAGCAUGUAAAGCAUCGUAACGUGCAAUUACAGGUGGCUUGAUGAUAGGCUCCCUGUUAAUCAGCUAUACUUUCGAUACCAUUUGCUAUUGAACGCUCUCACCUUUUCAUACUUCUUUAUGAAACUGAUCUCAGGCAGAGGUUGACCCUCGCUUUUAAUUCGCACUUUUUCCUUGUACCCCAGCGAAUGAAAGGAGCUCUUCAACAAAAACUCCACAACAUUUUCGGCAGUGUUGACCAUUCUACCAGAGAAAACUGCACACUCGCACUGGUAGCUAGCUAGCUACUGAAGUUAGUUAGCUACUGAAGUUAGUGCAAUUUAUUUAAAGUUGCCUUGCUAUCUGGACACAAAAAUGAAGUUAAAACCCAAGAAAACAAUUUAUAAUAUACCUCCUCCAUUUCCUGUCAUUUGAAAAAAACUAAUUUGAAUUGAAUAAUGUCCCAAAAAUGCUCAACUAUCACUCUUAAUCUCUAUCCAACAAUGUCACCAAGCUUCUCAACCUCCAUAAUGCUCUGUGGCACAAUCCCAAUACAACACACUAGGUUCGUUCUCUGAUCCUACAUCUAUGAUUGGAUGGACAACAUGUCAGUACAUACUACAAAAGCUUUGAUUGUUUGGAGGACGUCCUCCGGAAGUGGUCAUAAUUACCAUGUACAGUGGGGAGAACAAGUAUUUGAUACACUGCAGAUUUUCUUACUUACAAAGCAUGUAGAGGUCUGUAAUUUUUAUCAUAGGUACACUUCAACUGUGAGAGAUGGAAUCUAAAACAAAAAUCACAUUGUAUGAUUUUUAAGUAAUUAAUUUGCAUUUUAUUACAUGACAUAAGUAUUUGAUCACCUACCAACCAGUAAGAAUUCCAGCUCUCACAGACUUGUUAGUUUUUCUUUAAGAAGCCCUCCUGUUCUCCACUCAUUACCUGUAUUAACUGCACCUGUUUGAACUCGUUACCUGUAUAAAAGACACCUGUCCACACACUCAAUCAAACAGACUCCAACCUCUCCACAAUGGCCAAGACCAGAGAGCUGUGUAAGGACAUUAGGGAUACAAUUGUAGACCUGCACAAGGCUGGGAUGGGCUACAGGACAAUAGGCAAGCAGCUUGGUGAGUAGGCAACAACUGUUGGUGCAAUUAUUAGAAAAAUGGAAAAAGUUCAAGAUGACGGCAAUCACCCUCGGUCUGGGGCUCCAUGCAAGAUCUCACCUCGUGGGGCAUCAAUGAUCAUGAGGAAGGUGAGGGAUCAGCCCCGAACUACACGGCAGGACCUGGUAAAUAACCUGAAGAGAGCUGGGACCACAGUCUCAAAGAAAACCAUUAGUAACACACUACGCCGUCAUGGAUUAAAAUCCUGCAGUGCACGCAAGGUCCCCCUGCUCAAGCCAGCGCAUGCCCAGGCCCAUCUGAAGUUCGCCAAUGACCAUCUGGAUGAUCCAGAGGAGGAAUGGGAGAAGGUCAUGUGGUCUGAUGAGACAAAAAUAGAGCUUUUUGGUCUAAACUCCAAUCACUGUGUUUGGAGGAAGAAGAAGGAUGAGUACAACCCCAUGAACACCAUCCCAACCGUGAAGCAUGGAGGUGGAAACAUCAUUCUUUGGGGAUGCUUUUCUGCAAAGGGGACAGGACGACUGCACCGUAUUGAGGGGAGGAUGGAUGGGGACAUGUAUCGCGAGAUCUUGGCCAACAACCUCCUUCCCUCAGUAAGAGCAUUGAAGAUUGGUCAUGGCUGGGUCUUCCAGCAUGACAACGACCCGAAACACACAGCCAGGGCAACUAAGGAGUGGCUCCGUAAGAAGCAUCUCAAGGUCCUGGAGUGGCCUAGCAAGUCUCCAGACCUGAACCCAAUAGAAAAUCUUUGGAGGGAGCUGAAAGUCCGUAUUGCCCAGCGACAGCCCCAAAACCUGAAGGAUCUGGCGAAGGUCUGUAUGGAGGAGUGGGCCAAAAUCCCUGCUGCAGUGUGUGCAAACCUGCUCAAGAACUACAUGAAACGUAUGAUCUCUGUAAUUGCAAACAAAGGUUUCUGUACCAAAUAUUAAGUUCUGCUUUUCUGAGGUAUCAAAUACUUAUGUUAUGCAAUAAAAUGCUAAUUAUUACUUAAAAAUCAUACAAAGUGAUUUUCUGGAUUUUUGUUUUUGAUUCCGUCUCUCACAGGUGAAGUGUACCUAUGAUAACAAUUACAGACUUCUACAUGCUUUGUAAGUAUUAAAGCCUGCAAAAUCGGCAGUGUAUCAAAUACUUGUAUGUCUACGGAAGGGGGUGAGGCCUACCAGCCUCCUAGGUUUUGUAUUGAAGUCAAUGUAGCCGGAGGAGGACGGAAGCUAGCUGUCCUACAGCCACACCAUGGUGCUAGCCCAGACACUGCUGUUCUAUUUUAACCAAUUAUUUGGUGACAUAUGAAUAUAUUUAGGUUAGUUUUUAAUGUUUCGCUAUUUUUAUGAAAUUUCACUGAGGAGGAUGAUCCUCCCCUUCCUCCUCUGAGGAGCCUCCACUGGCUCUGAAAAAAGGGCAAUGCAGAUUAAUGAAAGCUUGCCUUUCAGUGAUGUUAUUCAAGCUGUGUGAGGGAAACAGAUUUAUUUACACACUUGUUAUAAUUUGUCACAUCAUUAUCAUUUAAUGGAAAUGUAUCUCUUUUCUUUGAAUUCUUAUCAUACAUUACAUUCAAUGACAUUUCAUAUCAUUUGUGUAAUAAGUGCAGACAAAAAUGGAUCAUCUAGUUUCAUAGAUUCACAAAGGUUGAAAUAUUAGAUUUGGUGUUCUUAAGUUCUAACAUAAAUUAAACCGUGGUGUUGUGUGGCAUGCAUCCAGGUAAACACAGUAGUGUUGUCCUUCAAGUUAGUAUUGGGGCAUGGGUGAUGACACCUUGCGCAUUCAAUGAACAUUUGGGCUGAGUUCACACAGGAAGCAAAUAACGUACCUGCAGGAAUUUGGAAUCUGUAGGACAAGUUGCCAACUUCCUAAAGCAUUAGUGCUGGCUGCCGAUCGGGCCGCCAAAAGCAUGCCUCUGUAGUUUGGUCGUUGAGGAGCUGCAGCGAUGAGACAAGAUCGUAAUCACGAAAUUGGGGAGAAAAGGGGCUUAAAAUAAUAAUCCGGCACUAUGUACAAAGAGGGCAGGUGGAGGAAGAGAAUGAAUUGGGAGCCUUGAAUAAAGAGAUGAUCUUUGGAAGCGGAUUACUGCUGAGUCACUCAUGCAAGGAUAUGCCCUGGUCAACUGUACACUAUAUUUGAAGGAUAUGCCCCGGUUUUUAAUUUUUAUUUCCCUUUUGACUUUCGCUUCAUGAUUAAACUAUAGAGCUCUGGCUUUUUGGAGAUCUGCAUGGCGGAUCUUAGCCUGACAAAAAAAAAUCAAGUUUUAUAUAUUGGUUGUAGGUAAGUGAGACCAUCAAUAACCAUCUAGAAAAACCUUUGUGCAUUGUUUUUUCCAGUACAUUGUCCUUUUAGUGCACAUACAAAAUAAAGUCAAGGGCAGUAGUGUGUGCAGGUCUUUGCCCUUGCCCAGCACUAACACACCAGGUUUAGCUUAUCCUAUGCAUAUGACCCCAUGCUGGAUGCUUGAGGUGGGACUCCCUCCAGACUCAUGGCCCUCAGAGAAGCCUCCUCAGUGGGUGUCAGAACAGGGUCAUGGAGAGGCUGCUUGUUCAUGUGCAGGAGGCUGAAUAUCUCUUGUUCUAGGAAGGUUUGGGUCCUGGAGCACAUAAUAUCUGAAAUUAGUUUACAAUCAUGGAACACAAACAGAAAUAAAACAAAGGAACUUUUUACACCAACUGUCCAUCCAGCCACCACCUGCUCUAUGCGUUUUGGGCCAGAGGGCUCCUGGUUCAAUGGGAAGACCAGCUGCUAUGCCUUCUGGUUCUGUAGGACCACACUCUGCCAGCAGGACACCUCUUUUGACGUUUUCUCUUUGGAUCUGUAAAAGGAUAUUUGUUAAAUCCUCAGUUGUAAACAGAGGCCUGCAUUCAAGACUACCCUUUGAUGGUCUUACCCGUUCUGUCUACUUCCUGGUCAGGGGUGUUUCCAGGGUGCUCUGGUUGUGUUGAAGGUUCUUCAGCUGCUUCUUCGUCUUCAUUAAGGCACUGGGGGUCUUACCCAAGGUUCCAAUGAGGUCAGACAAAUUGAUUUAGUCUCUUUUACCUGUCUGUCAUGACACGCAAACAGACAUACAGUUCAGACUGUCAAAUCACAUGUUCCUGGAUCUUGUCAGACAUUUAGCUACACUUUUCACUACUUGAACUGUCAAACUAUCUCGAUAAAAGCACAAGGGAUUUAGAAAAAAGUAAACCGGGUACAUUUAGUUUAAUUGACCUUUGACUGUGAAUUCUGACACCUCAAUGCUUUCUUCAGACCAUUCAGUAGGCUUCUUCCUAAUAGUAUGAAUAAUGGACAUUGACACAAAAACUGAUCAAACAUACAUGACCACAAAAGCAACACAAAUAAAAAAUGUUACAUUACAUACUGUUGAUUUCAUUCAAUUGGUAGGCUAAGUCCUCCGGUCUGCAUUUCUCUUUGUUAGGUUGUAAUUUGAAAUACUUGCUACACCAGAAGUUAAUGGUUAUAUGUAGGAGGAAUGUAUAUGGUGGGUUUAAUUGAGGGUGGAUAAGAUCCAGGGGUUUGGAAAGUUACUAAGUAAGGAAAAAGGCAAUCACGUGGUUGUGGUCACUGAUAAGGGUGGAUAGCUGAAGAUUAGUGAGGAAUGUGGGCCGAGGUCAGGUCAGGUCAAGUCCCAUGAAAGGAGAAGGAACAGUUUUAUUACCCACAUCACAUAACUUCCUGCCUAGCAACAGAGAUGUAGUGUUUAGAGAAAAGGAGGAGACAAAAGCCUAAAGGGGGGGUAUAAAUACUUGUGCUUGUGUAAACAUGUCUUUGUCUUAUACAGCUGAAUGACCCAGUGGUUGAAUAAACUUGGUUUGAGCUUA